AUGUUCCUUCGCCCAGUUGCUCUCACCAAGCAGCGACUCACCAAAAGAAAGGUCCUCCGGGUGCGCUAUAUAGCCGUGGCGACGCCUUCCCUUGGCACAGUGCAACCUUUGGCACCUCGACGUCCCUCCCUCGCCUUCGCUCCGACCGCCAUGAUGCCCCGGUUCUCGCUGAUGCUGGCGCUCGGUGAGUUGGGAGGGGAAAGAGGUGCUCCUUGGUGCUUCGGAGAUGUUCCCUUGUGGGAGCCGUCCAAGCCGACAAGAUGUUCAGCCCGCCCGCUCCUCCCGCCCCAGGAUACUCGUACGGCGCCCCGGACCUCAGGGCCGACGCCUCUACCCUCGACCAGCAGGAACAGGACCCCUAUCGCCGCCCUGGCCGCCAACAUCCCCGGCGGAGGCGUCCCUGGCGAGGACUACCCCAUCCUGGCCUCCGUCCCCGACACCGGCUUCUCGUGCGAGGACCAGGAAUUCCCAGGCUACUAUGCUGACACCGCCCCGGAGGCCGGCUGCCAAGUGUUCCACAUCUGCCAGUUCGACGGCCACCACGACGCCUUCCUGUGCCCCAACGGCACCAUCUUCAACCAGCAGUACUUCGUGUGCGACUGGUGGUUCAACGUGGACUGCGCCGCGUCCGUGCAGUUCCGAAGCCUCAACGCGGACAUCGGCAAGAUCCCCGAAGACGCCGCUGCCUCCGUCCGCAACGACGUCGUGGCACCCAACCAGCUCUAUGGCACUCCCGAGGAGCGCCAGGCACACCCACCAACUCCUUCACAGUCCUACGGCAGACCAAACAGGUUCUAAAUGCAAAUUGGAAAU